UUUAUCUAUGGAAAGGAUGGGAUUUAUUUCUUUUAUUUAUGGAAAGGAUGGGAUUUAUUUCUUUUAUUUAUGGAAGGGAUGGGAUUUAUUUCCUUGCAAGCAUGGCAUGGAAGGAAGAGUGCAUCCUUUGGGAUUGACUGUGCACAUGGCCCAUCCUGGAAAGAAGAGGGAUCCACUCUUCCAGCUCUCUGGCAAAACUCUGAUUUCACCAAAUACUUCUUUUCCCACCCCAGUCCCAGCGCUGGGCUCAGGUGGGCACCAGGAUUUGCUCCCUGCAGGGCAGAGCCAGGUGUGGAAAACAGCAGGAACUUGGUUUAGGAGGCAGAAGGCUUUCCUGAAUGUGUCCCCAAAGGGAUUUUUGGGUGCUGGAAUGCUGAGGGACCAACUUCCCACCCCCGUCCUCCUCCAUGGCCUCUGGAAUGGACCUGAAAAAUCCCGGUUUGGACAUUCCUGAGAAUUCCUUCUCCUUGCAGGGAGCAGGGGUUGGUGCAGCUCCUUCCUGCACCUGUGUAAAUGGGAUUUUAGGAGUGCAGCCAGCGUGGUCAGGCAGUCAUUGAUCCCUGGGGACAUUGGCCACCAGCCCUGGGGACACUGGCCAUCGACCCCUGGGGACAUUGGCCAACUUUGGCCCGUGCCAUGUUUGCGCUCAGGACUUGGCUGUGCCCCAGGAGGGGAGGCUGUGAGACAAAUCGCUGGAAAAGUCCUCCCUGCCAGGGAACAUCCCAUUCCCUGGGGGACACAUCCCACAGGGAAAAGCUUUUCCACAGGGAUUCACUCCCAGCUGGUGCCAGCUGAGGUUUCCAAGGAGGAAAACUCAUGGAGCUCCAGGAAAGCUCCUAUGAAACCCCACAGUUCCCCAGGGUUUGGGGGCUCCCAACUCCUCCUGGAGCUGCUGUGCCCCACCUUUUCCAUGCUCUGGCUGUUGUUCCCGGCUGGAUCAGAGCCCAGCUAAAUUUAGAAGGAUCGAUUUCACCCCCCGCCUCUGCUCUGCCCCGCAGGGGAAAGGACAGAGCAAAGGUGGCCAGGGACGAGGAGCCACGGGGGGCUCCACUCCUUGGCCCCCGGAUUUUUGGGAGCCCAGAUUUUAUCCGGCUGCAGGACCAUGGAGGAGCCCAGAGGGGCUGGAAUUUUCCUGGCUCGUGCCAUGGGUCCCUCUGGCUGGCACUUGGGGCAGAGCUGGUGACAAGGACGCCCAUGUGGCCCGCAGGGAAGGAGCUCCCAGCGCUGGGAGCCAGAUCGUUUCCUCAGGAGGCUGAGACAGGGGAGCUGCCGAAUGAAGCCGGGAGCUGCUGGUGGGUGAGAGACCCCCCAGGCUCCACAUGGAUGGGAAUGGGCAGAGCUGCCCACAGCAGGAGCCCAGGGCAGCUGGAAAACUCCGGCCUCUUCCUCCGAGCUCUCCUGCUCCUCUUCCUCUGCCGGCAUGUCUCUUCCCAGUGCAAGAUCCUCCGUUGCAACUCGGACUACGUGGCGGCCACGCUGCACCUGCGCGGGCCCGAGCGCGGCGCCGCGUUCUGCACCGCGCUGCGCUCCUACUCGCUGUGCACCCGCCGCACCGCCCGCACCUGCCGCGGCGACCUGGCCUUCCACUCGGCCGUGCACGGCAUCGAGGACCUCAUGAUCCAGAACAACUGCUCCAAGGAAGGGCCCACGGCCCCGCCACGGCCGCGGCCCCCGGCCCCCAACCCGCACGGCUUCGAGUCGCUCGAUAUCUGCGACUACGAGCGGAGUUUCCUCUACAAGCACGGCCGCCCCCCCGGUUUCCAGCACUGCGCUGCCUUUGGGGAUCCCCACAUCCGAACCUUCCACGAUGACUUCCACACGUGCCGGGUGGAGGGCUCCUGGCCGCUCUUGGACAACGAUUACCUGUUUGUGCAAGCCACCAGUUCGCCGGUGGCCAAGGGGUCCAACGCAACGGUCACCAGCAAGCUGACCAUCAUAUUCAAGAACAUGAAGGAAUGCAUCGACCAGAAGGUCUACCAGGCCGAGCUGGACAAUGUCCCUGCAGCCUUCCAGGACGGCUCCAUCAACGGUGGCGCGCGGCCGGGCGGGAGCAGCUUGGCCAUUUGGGAGCGCAGCCCCGGCCGGCACGUGGAGAUCCGCGCCGACUACAUCGGCACCACCAUCGCCGUGCGCCAGGCCGGCCGCCAGCUCUCCUUCUCCAUCCGCGCUGCCGAGGAGGUGGCCCGGGCCUUCACGGAGGAGCAGGACCUGCAGCUCUGCGUGGGCGGUUGUCCCCGCAGCCAGCGCAUGUCCCGCAGCCCCCGCGGCCGCGGCCGCGUCCCCGCGGAGACGGCGCGGGCGCUCUGCCGGGAGAUGCUGCCCGUGGAGGAUGUCUACUUCCAGUCGUGCGUCUUCGACGUGGUCACCUCAGGGGACACCAACUUCACCAUGGCAGCGCACGGGGCGCUGGAGGAUGCCCGGCUCUUCCUGCCCGAUGCUGAGAAGCUCCACAUCUUCCAAGCUGGAGGGGGCUGCCCGCUCACCUCUCCAUCCCUCCUCUUCCUCCUCCCCUGUGGACUUUGGGCUGUUUUGUUGCACUUUUAACCCCUGCCUGCUCCACAGGGAACCCGUGAGAGCUGCUGGCUCCAAGCUGCAGCCAGGAGAGAUUCCUCACCUUGAGGAGGUGUCUCAGAGACCCGAGAGAGGGAAGAGAUGAACCCUUGGUUUGCACCCACUGGUCUCACACGGAUGGUGCAGCUGCUGCCAGCUCCUCUCCUGAAGAUCCAAAUUUUUCUGUUCCAUUCUGACAUGUUCCUUUUCUCCUAAGGAUGUGCCAUUGCAGUGCAUCAAAGAAAAAUAAACCCCCUGGGUUAGAAAGCCCCUCUGUCCCUCAGAGCCUUUCCAUAACUCACUUCCCACCUUUCCCCCGUGUUAAUCCAGCAGAAUUCCAUGCAGGAACCUUACAGAUCCAGAAACAACAGACUCAAAGCCCAGUUUUCAGCAGUUAAAAAAAGUGGCUUUUUUAUGGAUUUGGGACCCUUUCACCUAGCUGCUCCCAAAGCAAAGCAAGGCCACAGAUCAGUUUGGGGAGCGUUGUGACCAAGAGGGAGACUUUUGAGUAGAAAUCAGCUGGUUUUGUCCAUGUGCUCUUCUUCCAGGAUAAAUAACAAGUGGAUCUCCAGCAGUGGGAGCUGUAGAGCUUGAGACCUCCUAUAUCCCAGGCCACUGUUGCUAUUUUUCCUUGUUUUCUUGGCACCUGCUGUGGACUCGAUUUAGCCGGGUCUGGACUUGGGACCGGUGUCAGGUUUUAGGGAGGACAAAACACCCCUUGGGAAUUCUCUCCCUUGGGCCCAGAUUCUCUGUCACUGCUCAAAUCCAACCCAAACUGGAACUUUUGCUUGGAAAACAGAAUUCCUGAUGGCAAAGAGCCAGCUGGGCACACAGAGGGGCAGGGUAUUGCCCCGUGGAAGGUGCAGAACUGCAGAGGGGAGGGCAAAUUUCACAUAUUUCAGAGGAUUUCAGUAAAGCAGAUGGAGCUUUACAGGAGAAAUAGUUUCCUUAGGGAAGGAAGACUUUAUUUUUAAUAAAGCAUUAAAAACUUG